CAUAAUUCAAGUUUUAAAAUUUCAAAUCAAACGGCAUCGCAGGCGGUGUCACAAUUUUGUAAACAAACAAGUCAAACAACAUUUUGAAGAAAAUAAAUUCUCUAAUAAUAUUAUGAGCAAGCCAUAAUUUCUAAAAAUUGACUUAACAAUGAAUUCACCCUUAGCCAAACGGGUCAAAAUGACUUCUAGAUCAACAUUUACAUAUGAGGACCAUCGCGACAAAAUAUGUGAAAUGAUCCGUUGUAGAAAACUGGCUUUAAAACAUAUCGAAACGUAUUGUAAGGCGAAAAAAAUUGAUCUUGAACGAAUUAUGAGCACUGCAGUGAGACCUGAGAGGAGUAUCGACUAUGAAAUACCUGAGAUAGAUGAAAGUAUCGUUUCUGAACCUGAGAGUUUUACCAAAGAAAUUGAAGAAGCAACUGAAGACUGUAAGGAACUCAUAAUGCUGUUAAAUAUAGAGGAACAAAAACGGAAGUGUCCCAUAUCAAAAAUAGUAGAUGAAAUAAAAUACUAUAAAUAGGUGUACGAUUAUAGUGUAUAAUAAUUAUUAGUAUGUAAAGUGUAGAUAAAGCAGGACUAUCAAACAAUAUUUGACUUGUAAUUUAUUGAAAUAAAUAAAUAAUUUCAUCGAUUGGUAUUGAUUUAUUUAUAAUUGGGUAAUUUUAUACAUAAAUGCAGUCUUCAGAAAGUUAUGAUUUUCUGAAAGCUACUGUUAUCUAUCUUGGAAAUAUUUGAUAUUUCUAAAAAUUACUUCUAGACAGUCAAGCCUUGGUAGUAUAUCCUGCAAAAAUAGAGAUGUAAUAAUUAUUAAUAUAAGUUUCGAUUUUUACUCACUCUAAACAAUGGAACUAUUUUAGGCCUUUUCUCCUCAUCUCCUUUGACUAGAAAGUUUAAUAUAUAAAUUACUUUAUGCUAAAAAAUAUAAUUUAGUUAAAAAUUGUUAAUUAGGAAUUGUGUUUU